AUGGACAAGUCUUACGAAUAUAAAAUAUACUUAUAAUCAGCAAUUUUAGGAUCUUUUAGAGGAUUAGCAGUUCUUCCCCUUGAGCAUCCAUUUGAUGUUAUUAAAACAAGAAUGCAAAGUAUUAAUAAAAAGUCAUCUUUUAUCUAGGUGACUAAAGAAUUAUAUAGGGAUUUUGGAUAUAAAGGAUUUUAUGCUGGUGUAAUACCUAAUAGUUUAAGAGUGUUUAUUAAAUCUUUUUACAGAUGGCCCAUGAUGGUAGCAAUUCCUCAUUAUUUAAAAAAUCAUAUUCUACCUGAGCAAAUUAUGCAAAAGUAUGAAUCUUCCCACAAAAUUGGAGCAGGUCUUACUAUUGCAGUUUUUGAAUCAUUUAUUAUUUGCCCAUUUGAAAGGCUGAAAGUAUACUUAAUGACUAAAAACAACAAGCAAGUUAGUUUAAAACAUUUCUUUAAGAAUUCUGACAAUAAAUUUAGCGAUCUUUUUCUGGGUCUCAGGGCUUAAUUAAUAAAAUAGGUUGUAUCAUGGGUUUCUUUUUUAUAUAUUGAUUUUAAAGUUAAAUAAUUUGCUAAAAUUAAUUUCUCAGAUAAUGGAGUUAAUUUAUCAACUUAUUAAUUGAUGUGUUGUGCUAUUACCACAGGCUUCCUCAAUACACUUUGCACACAUCCAGUAGAUAAAAUAAAAACGCUUUAUCAAAUGCAGCUAAAUGAUUAAUAUAAAUAAGCAACUAUAUCUGCUAUUUUUAAAUAAGCUUACAAAUAAUAUGGCUUUGCUUCACUAUACAACGGUUGGUAGGCAAGAUUGCUUUAAUAUAUAACCUAAUCUUUAUUUACCUGUACUUUACUCGAGAGAUUAGAAGAAAAAUUAAACAGAGUAAAAGUUCAUUAUUGA